GGCUGUAUAAUAAGAAGUGACUGUAACUCUACGUAGCAGCCCUACACACUUUCUUUGAGGCUAACUAUAUGCUUUACUAAACAGAAAGGUUUUAAGUCUAGUCUUAACAGUGGAUGUGGAGAUAUUUUGUUUAAUAUCAUUUGCAGAGAUGCAUAUUACAUAUUGCGAUACUACUGUUAUGUGUUAUAAUUUAAACCAGGAAUUUCAUAAACCCCAGAGAGGCAGCUGGUAUGUGUUUCUUGAGUUUUUUGUUAGUUUCUUUCUUUCUUUUUUUUUUUUUUUUACUUUAACUUAAUACCUCUUGUUUUUAAGGAAAUGAAUGCACCAUCUUUCCGAGUGGAGAUGACAGAUGAUGGGGAGAUGCUUCUUCACUACUAUUCUGACAGAAAGGGCCUGUACCAUAUUGUGCCUGGUAUCAUGGAAGCAGUUGCCAAAGAUUGUUUCAAUAGCAAUGUGACCAUGGUGGUCCUCAAUCAAUCAGAGGAAAAUGAGCGGACAGGGAAGAAAGAACAUGUUGUGUUUCUGGUCAAACAGACCAUUGAAGUUCACAAGACUGGAAAACAGGACCAUUCUGGUCACAGAGGGGAGGCACUAUUCAGAACAAUGAGGGAAAGGUAUGUGUCACUGGCUGGGAAAAAGAGAAGCUGGAACCUGAUCCGGGCUGUAAUUCUCACAGAACAAGGUUAACUAUAUAUAAGUUUCUUUUGAGAAUUUAUUAUUUUGAAAAUGUCGGUAAGGGUUCUCAGUCAUCCAGGUCAUGGUCUGUGUAGUAAAUUCUUAGGGCAUUUGGACUUGUUAGGGUUCUUGAAGAUGUUUCGCCUCUCAUCCAAGAAGCUUCUUCAGUUCUAAAUUUGCCAUGGGUUCCCCUGUGUCCCCCAUGGUGGCAAACCUCUAUAUGGGAGAAGUGGAGAACAGAGCUUUGCACUCAUUCAAGGGAACAGCACCUACUCACUGGUUCAGGUAUGUGGAUGAAACCUGGGUUAAGAUUAAAACCCAGGAAGUCAAGGACCACAUCAACACAGUGGGCAAUAACAUCAAAUUCACCUGUGAGGACAUCAGAGACCACACUUUGGCCUUCCUGGACUGCUCAGUGCACAGACACCUCAACAUUGAAGUUUACCAGAAACCCACGCACACAGACCAAUACCUCCUCUUCAAUUCACAUCACCCCCUAGAGCACAAACUAGAGGUCAUCAGGACCCUCCAACACAGGGCACUGAACAUACCCACAAUGCCCACUGGCAAAGAGAAGGAACAGAACCACAUCAAGUAGGCACUUAAAACUUGUGGUUAGCCAAACUGGACCUUCAUGAAAGGCAAUAGAAAGAGGACAACAGAAAAGGACACAGAGAAGGAAGACAACAGGUGGAAGAACACCA